AUGUGUAUUGAAUACGAGCGAGAGAAGUAUGCCCACAGCGUGCUUCAGUUCCAGUUCAAUGAAAUGAAAGAGGCGCUAAAGCAAAGUGAAGAGCUCCUAAACGAGAUCCGUCAGCUGCGUUUGAAACAGGAGGGUUUUGUUAGAGAAAUAACUGAUCUGCAGGAGACUGUGGAGUGGAAGGAUAAAAAAAUUGGGGCCUUAGAGCGACAGAAAGAAUACACAGAUGCAAUCCGAAUUGAGCGCGAUGAGCUCAGAGAAGAAGCUGUGAAGCUGAAAGAUAUUCUGAAGAAACAUGGAAUAGUGUUGGGACCUGAUCUGAGCAUCAAUGGGGAUGUUGACGUGGCAGAAGCUGAUGAGUCCUCCAGUGUAGACCCUGCUUCCCAACCAGCUCAGGAGUCUCAGACGACCCCAGCAGAGGGGAACAGCAUGCUCGGCAACACAGAGGAGACUGAGUUGAGAAGUAGCAGAGAAGAGGAAGAAGUGGGUCCAGAGCAGCAACAAGAAAUGCACGAGAAAGCCAAAGAGAAUCAUAUGAGCUCUGAUCUUCUCUGUAAUGCUGCUGAUGUUUCCACACUGAAAACAUCCAGUGAAGAACAGCCUCAAGAAGAACAAGAGACAUGCUUACCUGCAGAGAAAAACAACAUUGCAGAAAAUGGUCUCAGUGAGGACUUAAAUGCAGAAAUCAGUGACUCUCCUGGUACAGAACCCAGUAGCUUUGAGCUGAAAGAGAUUGUAACAAGUCCUGAUGUUCCAGAAACAGAAAUGUCUGAGGAGGUUAAUUUAAAAGAGACGAGUAGUCUAAAUGUAGUCGAGACAGAUGCCAAAAGUGUUAGUGUUGACACCAGUGAGGUGCAAGACAGCAAACAGGAAGCUGUUGAGAAAAGUAGUUUAACAAGUACUGAAUUAUGUCCUCAACAAAAAGUUGCAGAUGUUGCUCCAAAAGAAGAUUUAACCGAUGAAUCCGUUCCAACUGCUUCCAACAUUGAAGCUCAACCUGAGCCUGAAAAUGCAGAAGAGGCAGAGAACGAUGAGGCAGAGGAAACGCCCAGUAAAUCUCAGCCUCAGGGUACUCCUGCUUCAGGGAAAAAGAAGAAAAAGAAGAAGAGAGGCAAAAAGAAAGGAGGGGCUCAAGACGACAAGACCAAACAGAAAAAUGAAACGGCGAAUGAAAAGAAAAAAGACAAAGAACCAGCAGGAAGUAAUGAUGGAUCUGCUGCAGAACUUACUGUUGAUGGCUCUGUCACUCAAACCUUUAAGGAAUCAAAGAUGGAUCCAGUCAAGGAAGAGCAGGACAAGCAAGAAACUGAGGAAGUCAAUGCAGUGGAGCCGAUCGAAUCCAGUAAAUGUAAAGAACAAACUGUUUCAAAUGAGUGUCAUGAAGAAGAAACUUUGGAAACAAACACAGUAGAAGAAGCAGAAAUGGUAGUACCUGCUCAGGCCAUUUGUGAAGCCCAAAAAGAAGUAACAGUGGAUCAUGUUAAGGAUGAACAGAACCAGGGACAAACUUUAGAAACAAAGGCCACAGAUACAGUAGAGGCAGAGGAACCUACUCAAAGUUUGUCUCAUGCAGAAAUUCUCGUGGAAACUGAAACAGACUCCAAAAUUGAUGAUGAAGACACCAAACAAACUUUAGAAACCAACAAGAUAGAAGAAAUGGAAGAAGUAUCACCUUCUGAAAACCCGUGUCAAACAGAAACGCUCAGCAAAGUAAUAGUGGAUGAUGUUACAGAGGAACAGAAUGAGGAACAAACUUUGGAAAUAGAGACUGACAGGGCAGUAGAGACAGAAGAACCCACUGAAAGUUCUUCUCAUUUGGAAGCCAUCAAGGAAUCAAUAGAAACAGAUUCCAAAGAGGGUGAUCAAGAGGAGAAACCAAUUUUGGAAGUAGAGACAUUAGAAGAAGUGGAAUCUGUGACCUGUAUUGAAGACAGUGAAACUCCCAGUGAAACAAUAGCAAAUCACGUUACAGAAGAACAGAAUGAUGAAGAAACUUUGGAAACAGAGACUGUAGAAUCAGUAGAGGCACUGAGAAGUGUUGAAACUCUUGAAGAAUCCAGAACAGAUUCUGAAAAAGAUGAACAAGACCACAAGCAAACUUUUGAAACAGAGAAAGUACCGGAAAUGGAAACGGCAGCAAAUCCUGACACAGAGGCCAACAUCUGUACAGCCGAACUCAACUCCAACAGUGCAGAAGGCACUGAUGGCCUUGACAAAGAGUGUACGUCCAGUGUAGAUGAUCCUGAAAGGGUCGGUAUCUCAACUGAUGGUGAUGCCAUCCAUACUGAUCAAACAGAAGAGAAAGUAGAGGCUGCUGAUGACAGGAAAUCUGACAGCACGUCUAACAACACUGAAAACAGCCAUGAAACGAGCAGCAACACUGAAGGAGAAUCACACGUUGCAACCAAUUGUGACGUUGCUGCCAAUGACUCAGAGUCUGCUUCUGAGAGUAAAGACGACACAUUCAUCCUGCCACCGUCUGCUGAUGACUCCCCUAUUGGUUCAUCUGACAUGGAGCCAUCCGAAGUUAUAAACUCGGGUACAGAUGACCCUCCCACUGACGUUACCAGCGAGGUUCCUGAGGAGUCCACUGAUGGGGAGCCAAGAGCAGAGACUGAACAAGAAUGUCCUCCUGCCAUUGUCACAUCUCCACGUCAGGAUGGUGAUAAUUCAGAAAACAAAAAUCUGGAAGAACCCAAAGAUUUAGUUAAUCCAGAUGAAAAAAGCAACAGUUGUGAUGGUGCAUCAUCAACAGAAAGCCCUGAAGCCUUAAGCACUGAGACUGCAGUGCAGGACGAAGAACUAAAGGUCAGUGCUACUGUCGUGUUAGAUACACCACAGGCUCCAAAAGAAGCUACUGAGACUGGUUCUUCAGCUGAUCUGGAAUCGGCUGUCGUGGAAGAUCCCCAACAUAAAAACGAUCAACAUGAGGAAGCGUCAUCCUUGUCAACUGAGCAACCGCAUGAAUCCAACAAAGACCAAUCUGAAAAUAAUAAUCAGUUGGAGAGUGAAGGGGAAGAGGAUGAGGAAGAUGAAGGGCAGUCUUUUGAUUUUGAUGACAUGGAUAUCGAAGCAGCUGAAGAAUCGACUCGUUCCCAAAAUCCAGAGCAGGAAGAAGUUGAUGAGGGAGUUGAAUUAACAGCAGAUGAAACCAACGAUGGGCUGUGCCAAAGUAAUGCCGAGUCAAAUGAAAACAAGCCAGCUGAAGGCAAUGAUGGAGGCAACCAGGCAGAUAAAGACCCAGAUAUGGUGCCUCAAGAAGACCAGAACUCUGUGGCUCAUGAGGAAGCUACCUCAGAAAAGGUGGAAAAUGUGUGUGAAGAAGAGAAAAACACACAUAAAGAAGAAGCCAGUGAAGAAGACCAGCCAGGCAAAGCUUCAGAGGAAGUCUCGAGCGCUGGAGCGCUGGGAGCUGUUGCAGAGAACAUUAACCAGACUGUGUCUUCAUCAGUAGAGGCAGGGAUAGAUGUGGUCAAGAAUGCAUUGCAGGGUGAAGAUGCGAAUUUACCAAAUAGUGCAGACCAAGUGGGCAGCAAUAAAGGGGCAGCACAGUCAGGGAAGGAGUCAAAGAAGGGUGGAAAGAAAGGCAAAGGAAAGGGCAAAGAGGAAUGUAAGAUGUCGUAGUCUACAGAUGUGCUUAAUAUGCCUUUACUAUUAUUUUACUGAUGUUUAGAAAGCGGUUUAAACCUCAAAGCACUUUGAUUCUUUCCAAAUAAAUAUUGAUGUAAGUUUGUAUAUUUUCUUAAUCUCUUUUCAUUGAGCUCAUUUGUGCAAACAAAACAAUUUGUGGAAAGAUGAAAUUCUAAACUGUAAGGUAACUGUAGGUUUAUACACAUGGGCCAUGAUGCACUUGAUAUAACAGGUAACAUUUCUUCAGAUAUUGAUGCACAUUUAUUUUGCUGCUUGUACCAUGUCACACAUCUCUGAUUAUAUUGCUCUCUAACGGUUCUGCUACAGCAUCAUUGCAUCUCGGUGCAAUUUCCGUCAUCUACUUAUGUCAUGAGUCCACAACAAAAAUAAAUAUUAAUGGGUAAUUGUUAUUAAGACUUAAGCUAACAAGCUCGAAUAUGUUCUGUCCAUGUCAGUGUUUAAAUGAGUUUAAAGCCAUUUUUGCUUUCACAAACUCUGCACAGAACAUGUAUGUUAGUGUCCGUUUCUUUUUUUUUCUUUUUUUUUUUGCACUAAAUGGAAAACAACUUUGAAAUGCUAAUAAACACCCUGCUGUUACCUGUUUGAAAUGUUGCUCUAAAUAAAUGUUUUUUAAUGGGAUUAUUUUUAA